UUUUAUUUUCAGACUGAAUUACUCCUUUUGUCAUCAGUGCACCAAUAUGUUAGGCUUACUUUCUCUGUUGUAGCCAUCAUCCUUCUGCUUGGUCUUUCAUUUUCCUUUCCUUUCCUUUCUUUAUGCACACUUGUCUGAUCCUUGUUCAUUAAAGGGUAUUGCUAAGAAGGGAUGUUUCUGUUUGUGUUAGAACUGCCAAAAUCAGUUUAAACAUAAAUUUCUAAUACUGUCCAAACUUGAUUUUUCCCCAACACGAUGGGCACUAGCACUUGCUACUGCAAUUUCCAAAUAGAUUUUGAAAAAAAAAAAAAAAAAAAAACCCAAACCAAAAAACAAAACCAAACUUUGACUGCCUUAGAAGGCAAAAGUACUGAUGCAUUGUUUGUACUCAGGGGUUUACCAGGGCAAUGAGGCUGCAUCGAAAGAUCUCGAUUGCUGGAGAAACAAAAACCAAAAAAACCCAAAACCAAAAACAAACAAAACAAAAACAAAAACAAAAAAACAAAACCAAAAAAGCUUGGGAAAAAAAAAAAUUGUUGGCACUUGCUGCCAGCCAUUCCAUUUGGGUUCACCACUUACCAGUAAAUCCCUGGCUGAGACGUUAUGAAAGUGAUAUUGCACUUAGGAAGUCAUUUUUAUAACCUGUCUUUAAUUUGGUCCUUUUGCUAAAAAUUGCAGUCACUGCUUACUUUAUUAUACCAUUGGGCGCAAGAGAAACAUUUUCAGAUGGAGAAUACUUAAAAUACCCAAACAAAAGCUCAAUUCAAAAUACUAUUUUGGAUCAGUGUGAUAACUAUUUUUGUACUUGGUGGAUAUAUGCCUGUCAAAUUUAUGGGCAUAUAAACAAAACCAUAAAGCGAUUAAUUAAAUUGACUUGUUUCUGAAAGAAAAACACAUGCCUCUACUUUAAGAGUUAAAAAGACACAAGUCUGACCAGAGUAGGGUCCCUUUGAGGACUCUGGAGUCUGAGAUCUGUGGGCUGUUGCUUUUGUAGGAGUUAAGAGAAAGCUGGUAUUGGAGAAGAGAGAAGUUGGUGCCUAUACAGGUUUUCUGAGGCAGUAUUAAAGACUUUAACCUUUUGCGCAUGUGGAUGGCAAUGGAAUUUUUGGCAUGAUAAAAACCUGUAGAUCUUUUAGCCCAAAGGUAUAAUAUAUGUGUAUGUGUGUAUAACAAAACAGUUGUUUACACCAAAACAAGAGCAAUAAUAAGGGAAGUAAACAUUCUGUUUUUUUACUCAAGGUAUGCUCCGGAUAAGGGAGGACAGAUCCCAUCCCUAUCGUCGUCAAGUACGAUGUCAUGGGCAUGGGGCGGAUGGAAAUGGAGCUUGACUACGCCGAAGAUGCCACUGAGCGGAGGCGUGUACUGGAGGUGGAGAAAGAAGACACCGAGGAGCUGAGGCAGAAAUACAAGGAUUAUGUUGAUAAAGAAAAAGCAAUUGCCAAGGCUUUGGAAGACCUCAGAGCAAACUUCUACUGUGAACUCUGUGACAAGCAGUAUCAAAAGCAUCAAGAGUUUGACAACCACAUAAACUCUUACGAUCAUGCUCACAAGCAGGAAGGAACUCAGGAUUAUUGCGAAACAGGGACGAUAGCUGAUGUAUUGAAAGCAAACCCUUCUAAUUUUGGAGUCCAGAUCACAAGAAGGUUAAAAGAUCUCAAGCAAAGGGAAUUUGCUCGCAAUGUCUCUUCAAGAUCACGUAAAGAUGAGAGGAAGCAGGAGAAAGCCCUCCGGCGUCUACACGAACUCGCUGAACAGAGGAGGCAGCCUGAAUGUGCUCCUGGAAGUGGGCCCAUGUUCAGAACCACCACGGUGGCUGUGGAUGAAGAAGGUGGAGAUGAUGACGAUUCUGCAGCCAACAGCAGCUCUUUCAUCCAGACGACUUCUGGCCAAGCUACAGAGAUGACUAUGGACAGAGGUUUCCUAAACACUGGACAAGUUGGUGGCACUGUUAUGCCAAGCCAAAUGCCCAUCCAGACAGCGCAAGCAAUCAGCUUUGGCAUUAAGAGUGCUUUGGGAACUCCACUGCAGAAGAUAGGCGUGUCGUUUUCAUUUGCUAAGAAGACUCCGGUAAAGCUUGAGACCAUAGCUUCUGUUUUCAAGGACCACGUGGAAGAAUCAAGUUCUGCAGAUGGAGCAAAAGCUGAUGAGAGAGGGUCCUCAGAUGCAGGGAGCCUGCAGAAAUCUGGCGAGGGCGAAAGCACAAAUAAUUCUGAUGGCAAGGCAGAGGAAGAUGACCAACAUGACAAAGAUAGUGGGUCUCUAGCCACUACGUUAUCUAAACUGAAAAAGAUGAGACGAGAAGAUGGACCAAUGGCAGUUGAACCAGAAUACUACCACUAUAUUCCCCCAGCCCACUGUAAAGUAAAGCCUAAUUUUCAAUUCCUGCUUUUCAUGAAGUCUACCGAACAAAUGGAAGCUGAAAAUGUGAACAAAAAAACCACGCAUGAAGUUAAAAAGGGUAGUUCUCCAAAACCCAAACCCGGCAAGCAUACAGAGAAGGCUGCUGAGAGCACGGGGCAGCAGAAGGAGCAGAGUACUACUGAAACUGCAGCUCAGCAGAGCAAAACAGAGCUAAAAGAAGUCCUAGAAAAUGCAAGUAUGCAGGAGAACAAGCAUCUUACAGAGAGCAAUCUUCCCGAGCCAGACACUACUAAAGAAGUCACUCAGCCUGUUCCAAGCUGUAAAGAAGUCUCUGAAGGACCAAAGCAUCCAACAGGACCUUUUUUUCCUGUUCUGAGUAAAGAUGAGAGCACGACUCUCCAGUGGCCUUCAGAGCUUCUCAUAUUUACCAGAGCAGAACCAUCUGUUUCAUACAGCUGUAACCCCCUGUAUUUUGAUUUCAAGCUCUCUCGCAACAAAGAUGCUAAAGGUAAAGGGGCAGAGAAAUCUAAGGAUCCAGGGGGUCUUUGUAAAGAAAACAUUCCAAGCACAGAAUCUGGUGAGAUAAGCAAAGCCAAGGAAGCAGAAAGCGCAACUAACAGUUCUGCUCUAAAAAUGGAAAACAAAUCUCUGUCCACCUGUGGCUCCCAGAACAAGCAGGAGUCCAAUUUGGCAAGCCUUAGUAAGGGAGAGGGAGAGGACAGUGGUAAAAGCAUAACCGGUAAGAGUAAAUCUGGAAGAUCCCAUAAACACAAAAAGAAAAAGAAGCACAAAAAGUCCAGCAAACACAAACGUAAGCACAAGGAGGAAGCUGAUGAGAAGGGCCGAAAAACUGACCUGGGGGAAGAGAAACCCAAGAAACGGAAAAGGCACAGGCACAAAAAAGGCAAAUCCUCUCUUUCUACUGAAUCAGAACGGGCGCUAAAAACCGAAUUGUCUGAAGACUGUAGCCAUUUCCAGAAGAAAAAGCGGUGCUCUCAGGAGUCCCAGAGGAAGUCUCUGUCUGCUGAAGAGGGAAGCAGCGGUAAAAAAGAGGAUGGUGGUAACUCCUGCCAAGAGCAUGGCAGCAAAAAACACAAGGCUGACCUGCAGCAGUUAUCUGCUUUGAGGAGACGAUGUUCGGCUCCUUCCCUGGGCAGGACCAGCCGCAGGAGCCGGCAGAGCAGCGGGGACUACGACAGCGACGAGGGCUCUCACAGGAAGCACUGCAGGCAAAAAUCCCCGUCGCAGUACAGUGACGACUAUGACUCUGGCAGCGACCACUCCAGGAGCCGCUCCAGGUCGGGGCGGAGGCACUCCUCUCACAGGUCCUAUUCGACCAGCUCUGAUGCUUCCUCAGACCACAGCCGGUACAGCCGUCGGAGAAGUUACUCAGAUGAUAGCUAUAGCGAUUACAGUGACCGGUCAAGGUGCCAUUCAAAGCGGUCCCAUGACUCAGAGGAUGACUCUGACUACAACAGCUCAAAUCACAGAUCAAAGCGACGCAAGUACUCCUCUUCUGAGGAUGACUACAGCUCAAGUAGGAGCAGGUCAAGGAGUCGAAGCAGGAGCCGAACCCACCCUCGAGGCAGGUCAAGAACAAGGAGCCGGGGCAGAACACGCAGCAGCAGCUGCAGCCGCAGUCGAAGCAAGAGGAGAAGUCGAAGCGUAACAGGUCGCAGCUGGAAACGGAGCCGCAGCUAUAGCAGGGAUCGCAGCCGCAGUACGAGAAGCCACUCGCAGAGGUCUCUCUCGCGAAAGGGCUCUCGAGGCCACGAGAGCCCUGAAGAGAGAAGGUCCGGGAGAAGAGACUUCAUCAGGUCAAAAAUCUAUCGCUCGCAGUCUCCUCACUAUUUCCGGACAGGCCGAAGUGAAGGAUCAUCGCUGAAGAAAGAGGACGGCAAAGGAGAGGAUCUGAAAGGAUCUGGCUCGCUCUCCCAAAACAGCAGCGGCUCUGGCACGGGGAGGGCCUCGGAAGGUGACUGCAGUCCAGAGGAGAGAAACUCAGUCACUGCAAAACUUCUCCUGGAAAAGAUUCAAUCCAGGAAGGUUGAGAAGAAGCCCUGCGUCGCUGACGAGAUGCUGGCAGGGGCAAACAAGGUGGGCAUAAAGCUCAAAGAUCCUCCCCAGGGCUACUUUGGCCCGAAACUUCCUCCUUCCUUAGGCAACAAACCGGUUCUCCCCUUAAUUGGGAAAUUGCCAACCGUUCGAAAACCAAACGCCAAAAGAUAUGAGGAGUCUGGCUUGGAGAGGGGCGAGGAGCAAGAGCUGUCAGAUUCUGAGGAUGUUUCCCAAGGCAUUGAGGAGUCUCAGUUGGCCGGCCAGUCUCUCCUGGAAGAAGUGGUGAUGGUAAUUCAGGACAAACCUCUGGAUGAGCAGAAACGCGACGAACCUGCCGUGGAAGUGCCGUCCAUUCCCCUCGAAGCUCCAGCGCUUCCCGAGUGCUUUGGUUCUGGAGAUCUGGUCAUGCCACACAACUUCCUCUCGGAUCCGAGCGAUGGUGAUGGGCUAGAACCUAUGGACGGGGGCAGCCAGCCGGUCCCAGUGGAAACCAGUAUGAUGCCCUUAGUUCCAGAUGUCGAGCACUUUCCUGGCUAUGUGCCUCAGAGUGGGGAGCCGAGCAUUGAAGGGGAUCGGGAAGGAGGAGAAGACUCCUCUCUAGCACCGCUCGAGAGCCAGCCGAUCACUUUUACACCCGAAGAAAUGGAGAAAUACAGUAAGCUGCAGCAAGCUGCUCAGCAGCACAUUCAGCAGCAGCUUCUGGCCAAGCAGGUCAAGGCCUUUCCUGCCUCGGCAGCCCUGGCACCGGCAGCGCCUGCCCUGCAGCCCAUCCACAUUCAGCAGCCAGCGGCAGCAUCCGCGACCUCCAUCACCACCGUGCAGCAUGCCAUCCUGCAGCACCACGCCGCCGCAGCCGCCGCCGCCAUCGGGAUUCACCCUCACCCCCAUCCCCAGCCUCUCGCUCAGGUUCAUCAUAUACCCCAGCCCCACUUGACGCCUAUUUCGUUAUCCCACUUGACCCACUCGAUUAUUCCAGGGCACCCUGCUACGUUUCUAGCCAGCCACCCCAUCCACAUCAUUCCGGCGUCAGCUAUCCAUCCGGGCCCCUUUACUUUUCAUCCGGUUCCUCACGCUCUUUACCCAACCCUUCUUGCCCCAAGACCCGCCGCCGCUGCGGCCGCUACGGCGUUACAUCUUCACCCUUUGCUGCACCCCAUUUUCUCAGGACAGGACUUGCAGCAUCCACCCAGUCACGGCACAUGAAGGACAAAAUGAAGUAACCUUGGAGGAAAGAGAAUAUUUUGCAUUUUGGGAAGGGGUUGAAGUUGAUCCAGCUGGCAGGUGAGGCCUGAGAAUUUCCUUUCACUCUUUAGCAGCCAAAGAAGCCAAAGGCUUGAGGGCUGGGUAGCAGCAGGCGGCGGGUCAGUUUGUAAGUGUUGUGUAUAUCCGCUACCAGGGACUGUCUCGCGUCCCCACCACCUCCGUGCACGUAGCAGCACUCUGUCCUUGGAAGAAUCAUUUCACGUGUAGACCAGCGAGACACUUGGAAAGGCUUUUUUUCCCUGGAUUCUUACACUUGGUCAUCUUCCUUCUGCCGCCUUGUAUAUGAUAAAUGAGAUUUCAUACACACUAAUAGGUCUCUCAAAAUCCUUUUAAUGAGGUCAUCUAAUUAAAAUAGUCAGCAUGAUUGAAUCCGGCUUGUAAUCAGUGAUAAAACAUUCAGUAACUGACAGCUGUGGAUCCUGGCGAGGAGACUGAUGGAAGGGGCAGUGCCACUCUUGUUUUGGCUGGGCCAGUACCAGUUUUCAGGCAUUACGGGAGACUUCUUGGCACCCUAUCGCUGCAUAUGUAGGGUUUUGGGUUUUUUUUUCUCGGUGUGAGCAGCAAAGGUGGAAUUAAGAUCUUAUUUUAAAGCCGAAGAGAGGAGCUGCGCCUGUGCCCAGAGCUCCAACCCUUCUCCAUCCUGCAUUAGCAUUCUCCUGCGCAAGGACUGCACCUUGACGCUUUCUGGAUAUCCUGGACUGGAGAGAGGUCCUCAGUUUGGGGCUGGUGAUUUCAACGUGGGCUUUGACUGCUCUUCUCCUGGGUGGGGGGUGGUGGGGGGAAGGAAUAUCACUCUGACUUCCAUCUUUUGUGGUGUUGGGAAAGAGGCACUCAAAUGAGAGAAGGAGAAAAAUACCUUUAGGAAUUGAAGCAAUACAGAGGACUGGGGAGAGUGGCUGGAGUAUGUAAAGUGUAUUCUUUCCUCUGUAAUACUGAUGGUUUCCUUAUUAAUUUAUAGGAAUUUUUUUUUUUAAUGUAAAGAAUUGCACUGAACUCUGUAAACAAAGAUGCUGCUUUUUGUAGCUCAUAUAAAAAGGUUACAUUUGUAGUAUAUCGCAAUAAUAUUUUUUACAGCCAGUUCUUUUAGUGGUACUUGUUCUGGUGGCUUUUGUGUAAAUAUGUUUGCUGUAGGUGAAAUAAGACACUUGUAAAGGUUCAACUUUAUAGUUUCAGCUAGAUGCAAAAUGACUAAGCAUGUAUAUUUUAUCAAGCUCAUGUAUUUUUGAAGUUUUUAUGUACUAUAAAAUGUAAAAAAAAAAAAUCUUCAUUUAGCAUUUUGCAGAAGAAGAAAAAAUGUGAGACUUGGACUAGGUGAGGUGUGUGGACGACACCGGUGACUCUAACAGCUAAUGAACGGCAUCGCAUUGGAAGGCGAUGGCGGCUGCCGGCUUUGCAGAGGGAAGCAGCCCGGGCAUGCUGUGCACUCCUCAUCUUUGCUAAGCAGCUGCUUAUAGGAAUUGACACUGGAGGCAGUCUGAGGAGUGGCAGGAAUUUGGGUUGUCUCCCAGAGUAUAAAAUACCGGGCCCCCCCCCCCUUUUUUUUUUUUCUUUUCUUUUCUUUUUCCUUUUUCCCCCCCUGGGUUUGAAUGGGUGAUUUGCAGGUGCCAGCCUGGCUGUGCAGUUCAGUACAGUCUUCUGGUGAAGGAAGAUCUUUUUAACCAUAACUGUUUGCCAUCGUACACGCAGGGAGAGGUGGUUUAGAACUAAUCUGUUCAGGCUGUGCCUGCCUGUGAUGUUCCAUGAGGGAUUUCUCUGUUCGUUCCGGCAUCGUCCACUGGCUGCAGAUAACACUAACUGUGGGAGCCUUCUCCAUCCACGAGCUCUUCCUAUCGCACCAGGACUAGUUGCUGCUGUCCCCGCUGACCUGGGUGUUUCAGGUUCAGGUCCUUCUCGUGUUAGAGCUGUUCGGGGGCACCUCACGGUGCUUUGUAGGGCCUGAUUUCAGAGCAGGCAGGCAGACCCGCUCCUACCUGCCAAACCAGGCAGGAGCAGGCAGCCAGGGGAUGUGGCAUCCGCUUCCCCAUCCUCUCCUGAAGCGCAGCACUGAGACCCAGGGAGGGGGGCAGAGAUUCAAAGGAUUGAAAACUGUUGAGUUUCCUCACUCUUUAAAUGAGAAACUUUGCAUUUGUGCAGGUCAGACUGAAACACAAUGGUCAAAAAAAGGGACUCAAUUUCUCUGUAAAUAAUUAACAGAAUACAGUAUUAAUGUCUCAAUGCUGAGCUUCAUUAGCUUCUAGAUUCAAUAUGCGUGUUCUGGCACCCUUCACGCUGCAGUCAGGGGGUUUUUUGACUUCCAGAAUAGUGCUAAAAAUAAUUAACCUAUCAUUACUUAACAAGCAUAAACAGACUGUAUUUAACUUUGUCACAUAAGAUAUAUAUAUAAAUAUAUAUAUAUGCUGUAAAAUGAGGGGGAAAAAACCUUUCUAAUAAACCAAUGAUUUGUGGAAAAAAUGUGU